AUGCCGAUCCAGCGAAUACCAGCGCGAGUAACCAGCCUGGGCCGGCCAGCGCUCUCAUCCAGAAUACUGGCACAGAGAAAAUCCGUGAUUCGGUGGUCCAGCACAGGUCCGGCGACCGUUGUCGACACCGGGUUCUGGACGGCUUUGAUCCCCAAACCCCUACGGAGAGAAAAUGGCAAGGGCCUCAAAGGAGGAAAGUCGAAAGAAUGGAACCCGGCAACAUUCUUCAUCGUCAUGUUCCUCUUCAUUGGCUCCAUGUCAAUUCAGAUGAUUGCGCUCCGCAACCAGUCCGAACGAUACAGCCGACGAGCAUCCGUCAGAAUAGCGCAGUUGAGGGAGGCCUUGACAAAACUCCAGAAUGGCGAAGCGGUCGAUGUGGAAAAACUUUUGCGGAACGCUGCCGAAUCACAACAGGACACCGACUGGGAAGAGAUGUUGAAAGCCAUUGAGCGAGACCAGGAGUCGCAAAACGAUCAAGCUGUCGAAAAGGUGAAGCAAAGGGCGGCUCCUCCAAAAGCCAUCAUGUCGACGGCCCCAGUAUUAUUAGGGAUAAAGACGGACGAUGAACAGGCAAAUGCCAAUGAGCAACCAUCAAAGGCCAAACCUGCGAGUCUCGGGAAUUUUUUCUAA